AUGGCGGUCAGCAACAUCGAGUGGAAAGACGUGGCGACGGUCGUCGAGCCAGCCGUGGCCAAGUACAACAUGGGUUGCGGGUCUUCGACUUUUGAAGAAGGACAGACGCCGAAAUGCGGCAUCGCCCUCCUCGACGAGGCCGCCGUCACGAGCGGCGGCAUCGCCAGCAAACUGUCUGAGGUCAACAGCGCGUUUGAGGCCGUGCUCAAGGCUCUGCGCGCGUACGUCAAGGCGGCCGUGUCCAACUUUGCCGAAUCGGGGAUGUCCAACCCCCUGGCGGAGAUUGUCGGAGCCUUUACUGCGAACGUCUCGUUCAUGAACGGAGCGUGCCCGAUCGUGAUUGAUUUCGGUAAGCUCGAGAUCGCGGGCAUCGCCAACGCCGUCAUGCAGGAGCUUAAGGAUGCUGAGACCGCGGUUGCUUCCGCGCUUGAGGGCCUCGCAAAGGUCAUCGGGGACAUCGAGAAGCUUGUCAACACGUGCCAGAAGUACCUUGACAACCCUGAAGCCGCCCUCAGCGAGGCUAUGACGGGCAACAUCUGCAACGCAAUGACGGUUGGCAAGCGCAUCUGCGGCGCCAUCAAGGAGCUGAAACCCCGCCUGAACGCCGUCAAGACGCACGGCGAGGCCCUCUGCGGAGAGGUGACGGACGUGAUCACUAUAUCGGAGACGAAGGCGGCAUCGGCGGACAAGGCGGCCGAGGCGAACCCGGACGCCGCCACGCUGGUGGCGCUCCUCUACCCGCUGUACAAGGACCCCAACCGGCCCCCGCCAAAGUACCUUCAAAUUGGCGAGCACGGCGCGGCGGGGACUGUGCUAGAGUCAAACGCCGCGCCAGACGCCGCGCCAGACGACGUCAAAGAGGUCGCAACGUUCGCGACGGAGAUGGUGACGGAGGCAGCGCCAGAGGCCGCCAAGGCGAUGGCGUCCGCGGCCGAGGCGGCGGCCGAGGCGGCGGAGGUGGUCGAGGCGGCGACGGCGGCCGAGACGGCGAAGGCCGAGGCGGCGAAGGUGGCCGAGGCGGCGGCGGCGGCCGAGGCGGCGAAGGUGGCCGAGGCGGCGAAGGCCGAGGCGGCGAAGGUGGCCGAGGCGGAGGCGAAGGCGGAGGUGGCGGCGAAGGCCGAGGCGGCGGCGGCGGCCGAGGCGGCGAAGGCCGAGGCGGCGAAGGUGGCCGAGGCGGCAAAGGUGGCCGAGGCAGCGGCGGCGGCCGAGGCGGCGAAGGUGGCCGAGGUGGCCAAAGCGGCCAAGGCAGCGGCGGCGGCUGAGGCAAAAGCGGCGGCGGCGAAGGCGAGGAAGGCAGCGGAGGCUGUUACCGCUGCCGUACCGGCGCUGCCUCGCUCGAUCUUCUAG